AUGACCACCUCAACCGUUCAUCAUCAAGCGGUCGCCAUCUAUGGCUUCAGACAGCAAAGAAUGCGCAAAAUCGAAGCCGCCGGACAUGCUUAUGAAUGUGAUUUGGUCCGUGACAUUUUGGCUUUGGGCUUGAAUCCAUCGCCAGUGCUGAAAGGAGUUGUCGCAAGUCGAAGCGAAUCAAAAUCGCCUGACUUGAACGACGAAAAUGUGCCGGCCAGCGAGUUUAUGGACAAAGAUGAUGAGAAGUAUCAUAAAUACAUGAGCAAAUUGGAUCCCAACAACUGGAAGGAACAGGAUCAUUAUCGUGUGUUGGGAUUGAGCAAGUUGAGGUAUAAGGCUACUGCUGCUCAGAUUAAGACUGCUUGUGAGUUGAUUCGUUUUGGUUUUUUUUAGAGUUUAGGUACGAAAAACGUUGCUUUACCUCUGUGGAAUGUAAAUUUAGAGAAAUGUAGAUGAAGAUACAAUAAAAAAGCCGAUUUCUGGUCAGGGGUAUUAAAGUAUCUUUGUUUUUGUCUAAAAUAAUAUUUUUUUGAUGGCUUUGAUAACUUUUCCUUACAGACCGCCAAAAGGUGCUUGUAUGGCAUCCGGACAAAGGAAAAGCAAGCAAGAAUGGUACCAGAAACGAGACUAUUUUUGCAUGUAUUCAAAAGGCCUAUGAACUGAUGGGUAUGGAUGAAUCUCUGCGUCGUUCGUACGAUUCUGUUGAUCCUAAGUUUGAUGAUACUUAUCCUGAAGAAAAAACUAUCAAAAAGGACAAGUUUUUCCAAAUCUUGGGUCCCUUCUUUGAACGUCAUGCUCGGUAAGCUUUUUUUUAUAUUAAUGUUGGUUUUUAGGUAUGAAGAUGGAUGAUAAACUGAAUGGCGUUGAGUUUAAUGAUAUAGCCCUGUAACAUAAAGGUUUUUAUGAAACAAGAUCUAAACAAAGCCUAAAAUGGCAAAAACUUCGUUUACAAAAAUAUUUUGCUUUGAAAUUUGGAAUAUUCAAUUAUAAGAUAGAUACCACAAUAAAAAUCAUAUUUUAGGUUCUCAAACGAACAACCAGUGCCAUUGCUAGGUGAUAUUGAUUCGACUCGUGAUGAAGUUGAGGACUUCUACGACUUCUGGCUUCAUUUCAGCUCAUGGAGAGAGUUUUCGUACAAGGAUGAAGAAGACAAAAGCAAAGGUGAAGAUCGUUGGGAACGACGUGAAAUCGAAAAACAAAACAGGGUAAGGCUUGUUUUUUUUAGUUUUAGGGCUGUUUGAGUGUGAAGACUUGAGUUAUGUUGAUUUACAUGGUGUAUAUCGACUAAAAUUUGAAAGAAAUGCAGUUUUAUUAACUUUAUAUCUAAAAAUUUUAGAUUGAACGUGAAAAGCUUCGCAAAGAAUACCUAAAAAGCUUGUCAAACAUGGUCGAAGUUGCCUACUCCAAAGACCCUCGAGUAAAAGCAUUCAAAGAGCAAGACAAACGAGCCAAAGAAGAAGAGAAAGCACGAAGAAAAGCGGCCAGAGAUCAAGUAGAACAAGAAAAGAAGGCUGCUGAACAGGCCGAAGCCGCAAAGCUUGAACAAGAACGAUUGGCAAAGAUCGAGGAGGACAAGAAGCAACAACAACAACGUCAAAAGGCUAAGAAGGCAUUGCAGGCAGAAAGAAAGAAGGUGCGGGAGAUUUGCAAGGAUAAUGAGUUCUGGACGGACGAAGGAGAAUACAAGUUGAAGAUGAUGGAGAGUCUGGAAGGAGUUUGCUUGAAUUGCAAUAUUGAACAGCUUGGAGAGGUGUUGAAGAAGUUGGAGGCGGCUGAGGAUUAUGACACAGCUAUGGGGGCUUUGGGGCAAAAGGUAGGGUUUAGAUAUGAUUUUUGGAGGUUUAUAUAGGCCUCUUUUGACCUGUUCAUUGAGGUUUUGGUUAAAAAAAUAGUGUUUUUUAAUCUUUUAGGUAAUUUUAAAGCUUUUUUGAUAUUAUUAUAGACUUUUUUAAAGCCUGCUCAAUAUUAUUAGAGGCUUUUUUUACUAAAGAUAAAAACUAUCCUUUUAGACCGAAACCAACCUAAAAAUCUACAAGAAAAAGGAAGAAAAGCCAGCGGCCGCUAACAAUAAUCAAGUGAAGUGGACUCACGAAGAAGCUCAAUUACUCAUCAAAGCCUGCAACCUAUAUCCAGCUGGCAGUGUGGAAAGAUGGACACAAGUCACACGAUACAUCAACGAACAUGUUACGGUACAACCGGAAAAGACCAAAGUGGAAAAGGACAUCAUAAGACAGGUAAGAGUGGGAACGAUGGUGUUUUUGGUAGAGGAGGCGAGAGGGUCGAGAGAUUUUUUAUUUUUGUGGGCUUGCAGAUGUUUUAGGCUUGUUGCACUAUUUUUGUUCUUUUUCUUGAUGUUUAGCAUCUAAAUUUUUUUUUAUUUUAAAAUUUUUGAAUUUUUAAACUUUUUUUUGAGAAAUAUAUUGUUUUUGCCUUUCUAGGCCAAAAUCAUGAAGUCAAUGGAAGCCAGCGCAGCGUUCGCCAACGUAGAAGCCGGACCAUCAACCGUACCCGGCCUAAAUGCUCAAGCCAACAUACCAAAGAUCAACGCCGAACCCUCAUUAGCAGUACCAUCGGAAAAAGAAGACUGGACUUCAGAGCAACAAAAACAACUCGAAAUUGCGCUAAAAGCUACAGAUGCCAAGGAUUCAGAAAGAUGGGACAAAAUCGCAGCACAAGUCGAAGGAAAAACGAAAAAGCAGUGUAUGGUACGAUACAAGAAGCUGGUACAGAUGAUAAAGGACCAAAAACAACAGAAAUAG